CACGUCUUCUGUGUACGGCAUGUUGCCACCUUACGCACGGCUAAAAUUAUUUAACGAUGUUAUUUGUGAGAUGUACAAAGAACGGAUCAUUAUCGGAAGGAGUACUAGCGCAACACCCGUCGACGUCGAUGUGGGCCAAUCUUCUUUCGUUUCGCGUCAACAUUUGGAACUGUUGUGGGAGACGAACAUUUUGAAACUUCGUUGCAAUGGCAAAAAUGGUAUUUUUGUCGACAGAUCUUUUCGACCAGGUGAUUCACUCCCCAGAACUCUUCCCUUCAGAUGUGUACUGCGUUUCCCGAGCACGUCCAUUUGCAUCCAAGUAGAGCAAUGUCGCCGUGUUAGUGGCCGGAGACGGCCUCGGUCUAGUUUACGUUUCCUGCGCAGAUCAUCUGCUGAUGGCACGAUGCUGUCCGGUAGCAGUGGUUCUGAUACCGACACCCACUCAAGCACAAAACGUCGUCGCCAAACCACACUGCUAACAGAUAAUGAACAAGAUUCAUCGAUUGAAGACAUGUCUGAUUCAGCAAAUGAUGGAAAGCAACAGUAUAAGAUAGACAAAUCCAUUCCAUUACUGCAAACAGUGCAAGUUCAAAGUCGCACACGACGCAAGCAAGCGUUAGUACCAAAAGGUGUGAUUCGGCUUCAUCCCACCGAUUCAUCCACGUCAAACAAGGAACGCGAUUGCCAUGCAAACUCUGUAUUAUCUGAAAAUGUUCGAACGGAUACUGUCUCAGACAUUCCAAUCUCAUGUUCUGGUCAAGUACCUGUCCAACAAAGUUAUCCUACCGGAAUGAACUGCGCACUAAGAUCUCCACUGGAUCACACAUCUCCGGUCUCGGUUGCCAUCACCUCAUCGACAACAACAUGCUCAUUCCCAACCAGGCAUUUCGUUCUCACCGCUGUCCCGGUUUACUCACCUCAGUCUAAGGUCACCGCGGUGCUUCGCCUGACCGAUCUGGAACGAGGUGAUCGGAAUAACAAGCCACCCUACUCAUACGCUCAACUGAUUGCUCAGGCCAUUGCGAGCCAACCGGAUCGACAAAUCACACUGAGUGGCAUUUAUGACUACAUUAGUCAAAACUAUCCAUACUACCAUACACAGGAUAAAGGCUGGCAAAACUCUGUGAGACACAACUUGUCAUUGAAUCGUCAUUUCAUCAAGAUCCCUCGUCCCCAAGAAGACCACGGAAAAGGAUGCUUCUGGCGCAUUGAUCCCCUGUUCGAGUCAAAGCUACUCAGUAUGGCGUUUCAGAAACGACGUUCUCGCGGGUAUGAAGGAGUGUUCAUUCCACCAACAAGUGGAGCGCAUACUUGGCGACUACCUUCACUCCGCCGUUCGGGUGAUACCAGGACUGCGGGUUCUAACGUGGUGCAGGUCGAUUCGAACGGUGUUGUUACAUCACAUUCGUCUUUAAUACCCUCAUCGACUCAUACAUUUACUUCGUGCACGGAUGGUGUUACGCUUGGCCACGUGGCUCAUCCAACGACACCAUCUCUGGCUCUCACCAAAACAACGGAAACCAAUCCCACUAUGACCUCCUUCCCUCGUCCAUCCAACCCUACAAAGUCAGUAUCGGGUGCAUUUGGUCCGAUUGCGUUACAACCCACCCCGAAGAAGCUCCAGACCAAGCCACCCCGCUUGAUUGUUUGCUAUUCAAACAACACGACGCAAUCACCGCAGAUAAAUAUACUUCCGAAGGCAGUAGAAACCACUUAACUGCAUCCACUUGAUUCCAAUUCCGGUGGUUGCAGACCUUCUGGCUGUGUUCAGCACUGCAUUCCCAUAUCUUUCUAGUACUGUUAUUUUAUUGUCUCGCUGUUUUACCUUUCUUCAUUGUUCAGCUGGUUGUUCCUACCCUCCCCCCACCUACUACGCUUUCGUAACAUAUCACUCACAUAUCGAGUGCCUUGCUCCACUCAGCCUGUUAUUGGUAUUUUCAUCCUCUUGGUUACGCACCACUACCACCCAACCUCUACAUAUCUGGGCAGUUAAUCUCUACUCAAGGCUAUGUGUAUGGAUGAACAGAAACCAAUCGUAUUCAUGGUUGAAAGGUCGUUUGCAUCCUGUUGACCAAACGACAGUUCCUUCACCAUACACUCAUUGCAUCAUACUUUUGUUACAGCUGAUUUUGAUCACACGUUUGACGGUCUUACUUGGUUUUUUAAACUCUCCUUAUUUUCCGCUCCUUCGGGUCUGUGCAUAUCAACAUAGGUG